GCAGGUCAGUAGAGAUUCCGGUGCGGGUUCCUGGACUUUCUGAGGUGUGUGUUGACUUCCUGGAGGGACCGGCGGACUUGAGUCACCGCACUGGAAAGAGCGAGCGUCUCACGUGAACGGUUGCGGCGCGCAGUGAACGCCGACGUUCCCCGGCGGAGUCCAUCCCAAGGCCGGUCUGCUCUGGCGGGAUGGCGGCUUUAGUUUCUGUGAUGGUCUGAUACUGCGGCGGCUCACCAUGGCCCUGCGGGCAGUGUGGCUCAUCCGUCACGAGCCGGGAACUCCGCUCGGUGGCACCGUCAGGUUCUCCAGACGAUACCCUACUGUUGAAAAGCGAGCCAAAAUCUUCAAUGGAGUGAGUUAUGUUCCUGUACCCGAAGAUGGUCCCUUCCUGAAGGCAUUACUCUUCCAACUGAGAUUAUUGGGUGAUGAUAAAGACUUUGUGGAGAGGCGUGAUAGCUGCUCACACAUCAACAAAUCACCCAUCUAUGGACUUUCAGUAGGCGGUGAAGAACUCUGGCCAGUCAUUGCUUUUCUGAGGAACGAUAUGAUUUAUGCAAGUGUUCCACUGGUUGAACAAGCUCUGUCCCCCCGUCCGUCUGUAGUUAGUGUUAGUGGAGUCUCACAAGGCUUGGAACUGCUUUUUGGGAUACAGGAUUUUCUUUACUCCUCAAGUCAGAAAAGUGACACAGAUCUAAACACAAAGUUGAGUCAGUUGCCUGACCUGCUUCUGCAGGCUUGUCCUUUGGGUACUCUGUUGGACACUAACUUGCAGAAUUCACUGAAUAGUACUAAUUUCUCAUCUGUGACUCAGCCGCAUAAACAGCCAGCAUGGAAAGUUGGAGCAUACAAAGGAAAGCCUCAGAUUUCUAUUUCUAUCACUGAAAAAGUGAAGUGCAUGCAGUAUGGUAAACAGGAUGCAGCAGACACGUGGCAAGUUGCUGGGACAGUCACUUGCAAGUGUGAUUUGGAAGGAAUCAUGCCAAAUGUUACCAUCAGCUUGAAUCUCCCCACCAAUGGAUCUCCACUUCAAGAUAUUAUCGUUCAUCCUUGUGUGACUUCUCUUGAUUCAGCCAUUCUGACCGCUAGUAGCAUUGAUGCAAUGGACGAUUCUGCGUUCAGUGGGCCUUACAAAUUCCCGUUCUCUCCGCCUUUAGAGUCAUUCAGCUUAUGCCACUACACGUCUCCGGUCCCUGUCCCACCAAUAUUGGGUUCUUAUCACAUGAAAGAAGAAGAAGUACAACUGAAAAUAACAGUUAAUUUAAAACUUCAUGAAAGUGUAAAAAAUAAUUUUGAAAUCUGUGAGGCUCAUAUACCUUUCUACAACAGAGGUCCGAUUACCCAUUUGGAAUACAAAGUUAGUUUUGGUCAACUUGAAGUAUAUCGAGAAAAAAGUUUGUUGGUCUGGAUUAUUGGCCAGAAGUUCCCCAAAUCAAUGGAAAUUAGUCUUUCUGGAACUCUAACGUUUGGAGCCAAGGGCCAUAACAAACAGCCAUUUGAUCACAUUUGCAUUGGAAAUACAGCAUAUGUAAAGCUUCAUUUUAGGAUCUCAGAUUACACACUCACUGGGUGUUAUGCCGACCAGCAUUCAGUUCAAGUGUUUGCAUCAGGAAAACCAAAAAUAAGCGCAUAUCGGAAACUAAUUUCUUCUGACUAUUACAUCUGGAAUUCUGAAGCUCCUGCUCCAGUAACAUAUGCGUCAUUGUUGCCAUGAUUUUCUCAUGUGGGAUUUAUUUAUUUCUUCAAAUGGGAUUUAUGUGAUGUAACAUUCUGUAGUAGAAUCAUAGUAUUUUUAUUUCUUACAUGUAUUCACAUAACCUGUGACUGAAAAAUCACUGAAAAUCUUUAUCCAAA